GUGUCAUAGCGAUUACGCAACGUCUCCAGGCUUCACGGAACAACCUGAACAAUUACUUCAUUCCUCUUUAUCGUCUGUAUUUUAUUCCUUCGUAGUACACUCCUUAUUCCAUCGUCUGUACUGGCGUAGCAACGCGAGAGCCUUUGAAUUCCGUUUUAAUGUCAAUUGAAGACAUGCCCUAAUUUCCGACGGACAAGUAAACAAGCUGUCAGAAAAAACACCGUCGAAGACUCGAAUGAGAGAAACCCUGAAGAGCUGAAAGGACAUCGAGUGUGCACUUCUUAGGGAUGUUCACUGUUAUGUCCUUCCAGAGAGUUCGGCGUUUCAGGGUUUUGAAGUUCGUUUGGCUGAAAGAUUAUUGGAUUCAAAGACAAGUUCUUCCAUUGACACCACUCUGCACCAAAGCAAGUAAUGCCAAGAAGCCUGUCAGAUACACAAGUAUUAAGAAAGCAAAACCAAAAUCUAUAAUGGAUAUUGCCAAACUGCUCCAGCAAAAGAGCAAAGAGACCAACGAAAGAAAACAGUCUGCUACAAAUACAACCAAACCAGCAACACCAAACCAAUCAAAUAACUGGAGUGACACCAAAGCGGCGCUUAUUUCCAGUGCAAAACUUCAAACUCCUACCAUCACCCUUCAAGCAAAAGAUUCUUCAGAAUCUGCCAUUCAUGUGCACACCAAACCAGUUCAGGACACCAUGGUAGAUCUUCAAGCAUUGGCCAGUCCUACAGGUCCUUCUCUGACUGAAACCACAUCCAGGCUUAACUCUAUCCUAAUCCAUUCUGCUGUAGACUUUACAUAUUCAAACGUUAUUGAUCAAAUGGCCACAGAGGGUCUGAAUAAGGAAACAUACACUCAAAUUUCAAACGCAAAUGAUUUAUCAUCCAAUUCCAUUGAUUCAGUUGCUGGAUCCACCACUAAUAAUGAUCGUGUAGAUGUGACUACAAAUAUCUCUCAAGUUUCCUCUCAGACAUCAGAAGUCAUUUCAUCCUAUGAGGUCGAUACACAGAAUCAUGAUGCUUCUGAACAACACGCACCAAAAGUAGUUGCUUGUGAAGAAACCGUCAACAUGGCUGAUGCUAUCAUGACAACUCCAGAAGUUUCAUCUGCGUUUCAACGAGAAGAGCCGUUUUCUCUUUCAGAAGCCGUCAACGUGAAUGUGAACAUUGCACAAGCACAAAACUAUGCACAACCUCUCUCUCAACGCUUUCCUAACUGGUCUUCAAAUGUCAUCGCAGACAAACAAUCUUCUGAUGGACAGAUCCUCAAUCGGGCAUUUGAGUCUUUUCCAGGUGGCACAGAAAUACUAGAUAUCUCCGUAGUUUUCUCUAAAUCUGGAGAAGUAUGUCAAGUCUCUCCAUCUGCUGAGCCUAUCGCAGGAGUCUCUUUAUUUAAAUCUACUGAGGAACUUUCAGUUGCUGGGACGGUAUCUGCCUCCUGUCUGAGUAAAGCCGUAAAGGUUGAUGGUUUGUCAGAAAUGUCUGCCGAUGUUCAAAGCUCCAUCACUCUGAAGGACCCAGUUCUUGUGCAAAAUUACAUUUUAGAGGAAGAGAAGCGGACAGAAGCUGAGAAGCUGCCUGAGGAACAGCUGGAUCCAAUACAGAGACUCUUUCUCCACAAGAUACGGGAAUACUCCACGAAGAGCCAAGCUUCUGCUGGCCCUGUGGAUGCUGGAGCAGAUUAUGAGAAAGCGUUCAGCGAAGAACUAAGCAAACUCCAGAGACUCUACGGCGGUGGAGACUUAACAAGCUUCCCAGAAUUCACGUUCUCUGAGCCUGUAUUGGAUGAAAACGGCUCAAAAUGAAAAGCCCACCCUGACAUUGUCAGAAGUAUAUCAUUGAUGAGCGCUCCUUUAAAAUGUCAUUACUUUAUAAAAGUCUUCCUUGCACUUACAGAACUGCAAAACAAAAGAAGGGAAAUCAAAAAUAAAGCUGAAACUUUAACAUGA